AUGGCGUCUGGUAAUCCUCCAAGUUCGCCAACUGGCACUUUGAACAAGAAGGAGGCCGGCAAGCUUGGCUGGGUUGGGACUUUAACGCGGAGAAAGAAAGGACAAGAAGGUAAUGUACUAUGAGAAGUAGUCGUAUCGAUAAAUACUCUCGUGCGAUCGCCGGAUCGAGUCACUCACGAUCUGCGAUCGUACACAUGCAAUUCUCCUUGCAGGUAAAUUGACCGUUGCUGUCUGUUGUAAACCGGUUCAGUUUUGGUUUAUGUUUGAGCAAUUCGUGCAUAUGGGUUGUAUUUUAUAUUAAAUUUUCAGUAGUUCUUUGGAAAGUUCUUCGUGAUGUUGACUUACGUUGUCCUUCGAUCGAUUAGUUGUGUGAAAAUUCCAAAGCAAAUUCCAUUGCCCCACACCCUUCCUAUGCCGAUCGAUGUCAUAGUUUGUUUUCUCAUAAUGGUUUUCUCCAUACCAUUAUAACAAACAUUGUUUGUACCCUGUAGUGUGGAGAAUUUAAUUGUUGGCACAUUGUGAGGGAAAUCAGCUGGUUGAUUGAUCAGUGAACAAUCGUUCCAUGAUUCCUUGAUGUGGUCCUUAGGUGGGGGGGUGGGGGGGGGGAGAGAGGGGUCCAACCCACCCACCUCCCAUGACUUGCAUUCACGGCCUCAGUCAUUUUUUUCCUUGGUUUUCUCCCUUUCACACAAACUAUUUUUUGUUCCCAAAAUCUGAUCAAAGAUUUUUGUUGUCUUAUAUCAGAGGGCAAAUGUUCCCAGAACAGCCCUGCUAUGGUAGAAGCUGAAUUGGCUUGUGGCAAGGGAACCAGAAGCUUAUUUGAAAUCAGAAUCUCUAAGGGUAGAGGAUAAGUACUCCAAAAUUUAUCACAGUGAUGUGAGGUGAUUGCAUGUGAUUACCCGUACAUGUGAGAAAGCCUGUCUGGUACUUUAGCUGUAUCUCCAGAUCUUGACUGCAGUUGUAAAAUAACUUAAGGGAGCUGUGUCACGAAAUUCAGCCAAAACUUCAAAACUUUAAGGGAAGGUUAAAAUAACAUAACAGAAACAACAGAUAACACGGAUGGGCAAAACUGAAGAAGACUGAAACGGGUUGAAAUCAUAGGGUUUUUGAAAACUGUUCAGCCUAACAGUUUUUCAAAGCUGAUCCCUGCUGCUUGCAACUUCAAAAUAAUGCUCAGGAGACAAAUUUGUUUGUCGAGGAUCUCUGAUUUUGUCAUUUACAUGUAAUUUCUUUGCUUACUUUAAGUUCCAUAGCGAUUGAGGGCGAGUAAUUGGCAAAAUUAAACAAAAUGAACUGGACUGCCAUGACACAGCCCCUUUAAGCAAACCAUUUUAAGGGCCUAUUUACAUGGAGGUGGGGGACCCCUGGUAGGUGAGGUAACCCGCUUAGGUGGGGUAACUCACCUGUCCAUAUAAUCUCUCAUUUUAAUUUGAUCACGUUUACAUGAUAGGUGGGGUGACCCGCCAAAUGAUACCUCACCUACCUGUGGUCCCCCACCUUCAUGUAAACAGGCCCUUAACAAAGAUUGUUAUGAUCUUGUUUUGUUCUUGCAGUGAAUGAACUUGAGACUGAGGGAAGGCUUGCCAUUGAGUCUCCAACAUCUCCUGUGACAGUAACUCCAGCCUCAUUUCAUUUAGGUUAGAUAUCUCCUUUUUCUCCUAAUUAAUUUAAUAUUAGUGCUUAAACCAAUCACCAAUAAAAUAAUGGGUGUUGGUAACCCUCCAAGUUAAAGCUUUUGCUUGGUCGCCAUUUGGCAACCAACUCUUUUGGGUUAGGAAGACUUUUUUACGAAUCAAGUCGUUAGCACCAAAAUUUUAGGCGCCAUGCAUGGCAACCAAAAUGGUCACAUUUUGGGGGGUUGGUUGGGAAGGCGCCUGGUCAAACUGAAGGAGCUGCAAGUGAGCACAGAAGAUAGCCAUGACAACCCUGUGAGCAGCAACCUCCAGGCACCGUCACACUUCGGAUCUUAGCAAAGAGCUUCAGUUGGUUACUCGCUAUAAUUGCCUAUUGAGGGAGGUUCUGCCCAAACGGGUACCCACUGGAAAAUUAAAAAAUAUAUUUGUCCUCAUACAGACCUUCUUAUUAAUUCUUUAUAAUAAGUUUGGCAUUGUUUAUGAUUUUCAGUGGAAAAUGAAGAACGCUCAAUGGUGGAGCCUGCCUCUUUAGAAAAUGGGAAAGUUAAAGAAUUACAAGAGGUGAGUUAAUGUACACUGUAACACAUUCAUGUUUCAUCCUUCCAUAAAAGCCCAUGUGGAACCACAUUGCUUCAUGUGACUUCAUUAAACUUAUUUUAUUUUGUUUUCUAGUGUUUGUAAUUUGUGCAGGGUAAAGAGAUGUUUUAAUCUUUCAAUCUACAUCUAAAUGGGUCUAAUUCAGUUAACAGACCAGCGAAUAAUGUUAGUGAUAAUGAUAAUAACAGUGACACUGAUGGUGUAAAUAAUAACACAAUUGAAAACAAUAAGGAUAACUAUAGUGACAGUGAUAGUGAUAAUCAUAAUUAUGACAAUGAUAACAAUAAUGAUAACUUUGACCAGGGAGUUCCUUGUUAGUUGUAUUGCACUGCAUAUGUCACCCCUUUAACCUGUUCUGUAUUAAAGAUCUUUUUUUGUGCUAAAAACCUGUAUGCAAUGCAAGGGAAGCUCAACGGAUAUCAACUGUGUUGAACAGAUGACUUUUAAUACCAGUUGUGUUUGCCCUUUUUAAGGUUCUUUUAGAUUGGAUUAAUGAUGAGUUGUCAGAACUACGGAUUGUUCUUAGAGACAUCACAGAAGACUUGUAUGAUGGUCAGAUUCUUGCUAUUUUAAUGGGUAUGUUGAUCAUCUUCUUUUCUGUGAUUGGGACAAUAAUUAUUACUGCAUGUACAACAGUAUCAGUUAAUUAUUACAAUUGCUCAGGGAUGUAGUUUAAAGGAAGAGCUACGUAGGCUUUGUAUAUUAGUCAAGCUAACUUUUUACGUAUCUGUUCCUCUAAAAUUCCGGCUCAAGUCUGUUUUCCAGAGAAAUUUGAGUUGGUGGUAAGCUCUUUUUUCAGCCAGUCAAUUUUGGCCAAUGGCCGGCUCUUAGGGACAUAUCCCUGAAUGCUUAUAAUGGAUGUACACAAUAGACUCAGACACAACCACUUAAAGGGCUAGGGGACAGGGAUUUUCACUGCCUACUGUGAAUAUUAUCCCUGGCUACAUGUACUUUCAUAGGGAACAGAAAGAAUUCCCUCCCUUCGAAUAUAUUGUAUAUACCUAGCAACUUGAAAUGUCAGUGACGGCCCUGGAUAUAAAGUUUACUAGUAAGUUUUUUAAAUUUACGUACUCUUGUCUUUAGAAAAACUUGGGAAAAUCAAGCUUGCUGAAUUUGAAGAAGUCACUCAGUCAGUGGAUAGUCAGGUAUGAACAAAGUCACAAUUGUGUAUGAUAUUGUACAGCUAUAACAAAUUAAACUUUAAGUUCAUGGUUGUCAAUGAUUUUCAGCUACAUGCAUGACAGCUAGUGGUAUUUUGCUACAGAUGUCAUGAACUUGUGUUCAAUAAGCUAUAUUCUGCCUUUAUCUGGUAUCAAGGAAAUUGUAGUUUCUGCACAAAAUGCAUUGCAUUCUGAGCAUCCUAGAGCUCAUAGGUACAUUCAAUCAUCAGUUCAGUUUCAGCUUUCCAUAGUAAAAUUUAAUACAGCCUAGUACAUUUUAAAACUCCCCCUGCAUAAAACAUAUUCCUGGUGUUAAUUAAUCAUAUUUUAUUAUUGCAUGUUUUUCAACAAUUUUACAGAAAGCCAAGUUGUCUGUUUUACUAGAACAAGUCAACAAACUGCUUGGAAUUCCUGAUCACAAGGCAAAAUGGACAGCAAACAGUAAGUUCAUUCUGAUGUGUUAAAAAAAAUGGUUUUAGAAGCUGACGUCAUAACCUUGGCUGCCCUUUUUCAACCUAUUCCUCGAUGUCUGUAGCCUGAAUUUCAUAACAUCCUAAGGGAGUAUGUGACUCAAAGAGUUGUCUGAAAUUCAGGCUACGGUAUUCAGAUCAGAUGAAAACACUGUGCCUAGUGUUUGAUAUAUUAAAAUUUUCCUUUUACUUAUUAAUGCUGGAAAGUAACUUACGUUUGUGAAAUUACUGCCAAAGGUUUCAUUUGAAUGGUAACACAAUUUAUGAUUUCAAAAGUUUCCACUCAACAAUUUUUUCUCAACAAUGUCAAAUAUGGACACUUAAGGGGGCCAUAGAAAGUGUCCCUAUUAAGCAGAUUGACUUUAGAAAAAUGCAAGGGCUUUCCCCAGGGACAAAGAAAACUGAUGGCCAUUUUCACACUAGAGACGGAUUAUCCUUCCAAGACGGAUAAUCCAUUGCCAAAAUCGGUCAAAAUUGAUGGAAAAUCAGAUGGAUAAAGUCAGGUGGAUUGUCCAUCCAAAAUUAAGACCAUUUCAUUUUCAAAUUAAGAUGUAUUAUUUGUCUGACACGAAUCCAACGGACAACCUGUCUCAGAGGGAUAAUCUGUCUCUAUUGUGAAUACAGCCAAUGAGGUAUCUGUCUGUUUAAGCAGAUGUCUGUAAAACAGGGUUUAACUGUAUAUUGUGAUGGGUCUUUUCUCUAGGAAUACAUGACAAGGACAUUGUAGCCAUUCUGCAUCUGCUGGUUGCCUUGGCACGUCAUUUUGAGUGUCCACAGAAACUGCCCAGUGGAGUUACAAUAAACACAGUCACUGUGCAGAAAAAAGGGGGCAUUCUACUUCCUCAGAAGGUUGUUGAGGAGAUAACCGAAGUGACUGAAGGAGAAAAGUAAGUACAGCUGUAGCUAGACAUCAAGAGCCAUUUGCUUAGAAUGUUAGAUGUAACUGUUGAUGUCUUGUGUUAAAGUGUAAAGUCUUGCUACAGUUUAGGUUUUUUUGAGGCCCUCUUAUACUUAAGGGGUACGUAUAUAACCUUAGUCUGAAUUUCAAAACCAUUGGUUUCAUAUCUUGCAAAGGAAGCCAUGUCCCUGUUGACAUUAAUUUUUGUAUAUUGUAUGAGCAUAUUUUUCAUCACUGUUGCAGUUUUAACCCAACUUUUUGUCAUUUGUCAAAAUUUCAUCUCUCGUAUGUCGCUGACUCAAGGCCAUGUUGCUUGUUGAAAUUUUACGCUAAUUUUAAUGAAUGACAGUGACUAUUUUUAUGACCUUUAAAUCACAGAAUUUAACUCUCUUUUUUCUUUUUUAGUGAUGAAGGAAAGCCUGGUAUGUCUUUGCAAUUUUUUCUAAACUUCUUUCAUAGUUGUGGCUGUUUUCCUUAACUUUUUGUCUGGUCAGUCAUUUAUAUGGGCUCAAUUUUUUUCUUGUCAUUUCUAGAAAGAGAUGCCUUUGAUGCACUGUUUGAUAAUGCACCAGAGAAGCUAAAUGUGGUUAAAAAGGUAUUAUGCAAUUAACGUUUUGCAAAAUUAUGGCAGCCUUUAAAGUACUCUACAGUAAGGUACAUGAAGUAAUUGCCACAGAUUUGCCUCAGUCAAAGCCCAUCUAUCUGAGCUGAAAACUGUUAUUUCUCCCGUAUGAUUUUUGGUUGAGUUUUGCAUACAGUGUGUUUAGAGAAUACCCAGUAUGUACAUAUAUUGUGCAUGAGCUUUCUUUAGGAUUUUAGUCGGCUGAUGUAUAAUGGCAGUUUUAUUUUUCAAAUGUUAAUGAUGUUUACUUUUUGAUGCCAUUGCCACUUAUGUAUUUCCACAAAAACUGCAACUAUACGAGGGAGUUAGGGAGUUAAUUAUAUAAAGAGGUCCAAGACAGGUGAAAUGCACAAUAGGCUGUUUUGCAAUAUGAUGUUAUUUUAUCGACCGCAAUGCCUCAGUGUUUUGCUUUCUCGUGCAAAUAAGGGCUUUUAUUGUUUUAAACCUUGCUGGGAUUUUCAAUUAUAAAUAUGAAAGGAAAAAUGAAAUAGAGUCUGGUAUUAGUAACAGUAAAAUGACUCUGUUGUGCAAGUGGCCAAUUCUGUGAGAAAUUGUAAGACAUUCAAAAAAAGUAUAAUAUUAUGGUAAUUACUGACAGCUGAUUGAUUGAUUGAUUGAUUGAUUUGCAGUCUCUGCAGAGUUUUGUUAACAAGCAUCUAAGCAAGUUAAGCCUGGAGGUUGACAAUAUUGACUCACAGGUACUAAUCAACUACAGGGCUGUUAUUAAGGGCCAAGAAAUGGGAAUUUUGCCCCGGCUACCAAAAUGAAUGUGAUUUCUGGCUAUUUUUUUUGGAAAAUAGUUCCAAGUUCGUAUAGGAUCAUUUUUUGAAGAAGUGGGGUAGUGGAUCCACUGGAUACAGGGAAGGGGGAAGGAGGGGGCGGGGCUACUUUAGAGCACUCAUGAAAAUUUAUCAUGACAUUGUAGAGGCUCACUACAUAGACUUUGGUGGUUUUCACUUUUGGAACUUUAGGAUGUACAUACUUAAGUAAUAAAAGGAACUGCUGCCUUUUAAAUAGAUUAUUAAUAGAUUAAAAUUGUUCAUUUUUUUCUUUUUGUUGCCUUAGUUCCAUGAUGGUGUUUACCUUAUCUUUUUGCUGGGGCUUCUUGAAGGUUUCUUUGUACCACUGUACCAGUAUUACAUCACACCAGCAAACAAAGAUCAAAAGGUAUGCUGCAGUUAAUAAUUUAAUAGACGUAGGGAUUCCAUCUCGUGCAGUUCAUCAAAUGUUGGCAAUUUUUUCUGGCGUUGAAUUCUAAAGGAUUGUUUCAAAGUAGUACAGGAAAAGAAAAAGGAAGUCGUUGCCUUGUGUUCACGUCGUCCACAAAACGUGAAAUUAGGCGCUUUCACUUCAUAGUCGUGCAGUGACGGCAAUGAAUUGUGCAAAAAGCUUGAUGCAUGUGCAAAGUUGUUUUUUUUCCUCAUCAAACCUAUUCCUUUUUUGCCGUUCUCGUUGCUGUCGCCGUCGUCUUUCCUUAAGCUCCAUAUUACCUUCUCGAUAAAACGUGAAACUAGGCAAUUUCUCGUCGUAGUCGAAAAAGAAAAAAAAUGUACCAAAACGUUUGAUGCACGUGCAAAGUUGUUCUUUUGCUAAUAUAAACUUACUGCUUUUUUGACAUUCUUGUUGCGGUCGCCAUCUACCUAAAGAUACGAAGCCUUUACAGUGACCUUGUUCUUUAAUCUCGCUCCUUACCUGAAGGAAAUACCGUGUUUAAAUAAAGUUACCAUACCAUACCAUACCUUACUGGUGUUUUCAUUUUUCACAACAGCUCCAUAAUGUUGCUUUAGCUAUUGACCUCAUGAGAGACAGUGGAAUGAAGUUUCAUGCCAAACCUGAAGGUAAAUGACUUAGUAAAGUAAAUUUAAAGGUAAAAGCUAUCUCUAAAAAGAUGAUUUUCGGCUCAUAAUCUUGGUCGGUUCUUCGGCCCGGAACGCACGCGGAGGGGGGGGGGGGGGGGGGGGGGGGGCGGGGGUUGGCUUUCUAUAAUGGCCUUUACGGGGAGGUACAAUGGUAUAUAAAAGGGUACGGGGUUGGACCUCGGGGCGGAGCCUUCCCGCAUAAAUCUUUGUUGAGUGCGCCCCAGGUCUUCAAAACCUCGGUUUAAAGUUUGCUAAACCACUGUAAUUAUUAGGAGAUUAAGCGGGGAGGGUGACCCCAAACAGUGUUCCUCCCACCCCAAUUCCCUCCAAGUAUUCAGUCCCUUUUUACAUCGUGUGGGGGCGGAACAGAAGUUGCAACAGGAAAAAAUCUGUGUUAAAAGUGAAAGAAAGAGAACAGUCUCAAGGACAGUCAAUGCAAACAAUACCAAUCUGAAUCACAGUCACUUUGAAUAUUGGCCGCCAUCUGAAUAACACUGAAGUAAAUAAAUCACAGGGGUUGUUUACUGUUGACUCAAAGUUUCCGAAAAGUCUGGCUGGAAAGUACAUGGAACAUGACUCUUUGGGUCUUUCCAGCGGAAAAUUUUCAGGAGCAACGGAACAUUUGAAAAGCUAGUCGUGUUUUUCCGAACGGAAUAGAGCGAUUUUCGUAUGGCCUUGAAAUGAAAACGCGCGAACAAAAUAGACACAACAAACGAACGGAAAUAGAGCGAUUUGAUUGGUUUAUCGAACGGAUACAAACGCUCGUGGCUUUUGGUUGGUUAAGCGAGCGCUCGGGUGAAAAAACUUUAUGCCUGAGAACUUUCUAGAAAUCAAUCGAUACUUCGCUUUGACGUCAUACUGCAACACCGAUGGCCAAUCGAGCAAUGCCUUCUCCAUAUUAGGGUUUUCUUUGGCGGGAAAACGAAGAGUCCAUGUUUUGAUCUUUUCAUCCAUUGGCUUUUAAAACAAAUAAAAAACACUUAUACCGAAACCAUUUUUUAAGGUCAUACGAAAAUCGCUCCAUUCCAAACGGAAAUGUGUGUUCCACUUCUUCAAAGCCAUCGUUGAUACUAGUUCCAGGCAGUUUCAGUAAAUGGUUCACAGUUCAACUGGUAUGUACAAACGGUAAACGCGAUUCCGAGCCAAAUUUUACCAGUCCUGAAUUUUGCGUACCGUUUGCCCAAGCCGAGGAUCGACUGGUAAACAACCAGGGUAACCCUUUGAACUUUCUUGUUAAUGACUGAGCUUUUUUGUUUGUUUGUUUGGGUUUUUUCGCAGAUGUCGUUCAAAAGGACCUCAAGUCAACACUCAGAAUACUUUACUCGUUGUUCCAGAAAUACAAAAAUAUGAAAUAG